GAACAAAUAUCCAAGCGCCUAACAUGGUAGUGGUCCAAGGUCGCUUUGGAUGAUUGCAGAUAUUCCUAAAUACGAUGUUGAAAAGGAGACUCCUCCGAAUCCGGAAGAUCUGCGGUCUCUUCCUGACUUUGCUGCACUUUGUUCUUUCCUGACGUUUUUUGGAUCUGAUCUUGGUAUUCACCUUACAUUCCCACAGUUAUAUGAUUUCCUCGCUCUUCAGAAUUCAGGUAUGAAGUGCAACUGUAAGCAAUACAUUAUUGAUCUGACCACUACUCUAAUUGGUAAAUUAUUGUUUCGUAGUAGGUUUUGGAACACUAAACAUUAGUUAUAACAAUGAAGGGAACUGUAUCUGUUAUCAUUAUUACUUAGUCAAGAACUUUUCAACCGUCUUAAAGAUUACUGGUAAUAAAGUACGCAUAGUAUUAUGGUUCAUAUCCCUCUAUGUAAUGCUACACUACUCGUUUUGCCACCAUGCCAUACCUUGUAUUGUCUGAUGUUCGUAGCACUUGAGUUAUUAAAGCAAUUAGCUGUAAUAAUUUAAAACCAAAUGGCUUCGUGUUCAUAGGUAAAUAGAAGUGUACAUGCUCUUACUGCCUAUUGUUGGUAUAUCUGGCCCAAAUGAGUAGUCAUCAACUGACUGUACAUGGACGAUAUUUUUCUUUAUAUUAAAGGAAUCGGGGUCUUAAAAGCUUCUGGGUUCACAACGCGAGAAGUCCUUAAAUUCAUCUAAUCAUAAAGUUUUAUCUCUUUCCGAGUAAUUAAUCUGGCACUUUUUGACUACUUAUCUCUGUACUGAUUAACUCGGGCAAACUGGUAACUGACAAGGUUUUGUACGGAUGUUAAAUGAAUUCAGUAAUAGGUGGUAGAUGGAGUGAGACCUGAGAUUCUUAUUGACUAUAUUUCGUUUACUCGUUAACAUUUUUAUAUAUAUUCUCUAGCCAACAGUUACCGUUUUACACCUAACUGUAUGCCAUGAUGUACACCCAAUAUAUCUGCCAUUCUUUACCUACUAUAUAUCUUAUUCUUCUUUCAUUUCACCUAUGUUCGUAGCUUAAAAAUAUUGUACCCUUCCUUGUUUACUAACACAUAAACAUACGGUUUCAAAAGAAAGUAUUUUUGAUCAAAGAACGUUCUUUAAAAGAAGCCAUGGUCUCUAGUUAGGGAAACAUACCGCGAAAAAUAUCUUUUAAUGAAAUAUCCAUUAAUGAAGUUCAGGAGGAUGCCUCAUUAAAUAUCACGAGCACAUCAUAAAUCAGUUGCAAGUAUAAGAGCUGUCCGUAAUUUAUGACAAUGAAGUAUAGGUUCUUCCUUGAACCUUUUAGAUGCCCCCAGAUCCCCUGGUACGGCGGAGGGUAGGGCGAGUCAGCUCCCUCUCGAAAUGCCCUCACAUGGCCAUGUGUGUGCAACCACUGACAGGUAAAUCCUACUCACUGACUUCUCUCGGCAUUACAGUUGUUUACGAAAUCGAGAGUACGAAAAGAGAAUGUCAGGUGCUUUAACCGGGUUGGUGGACACUAAUGGUUUACCUAGAAGAGUUGGAAAACCCUGAUUUCAAACCAAUGGUGUACAUCGGUUCCAGGGUCCUAGGGAAAAAUGGUGUUUGGACCUAUUGUUGGUCACUGGCUACUAUGGGACUGCAUCACCUUACGUUGCUCCACUACCUUGUGGAUCAGACCUUCAGGUCGAAUGCUUCGGGUGUGGUCCCCUAAGAAAACCACCUGCUUCGGUUUGAGUAUAUAGGCAGUAUCUCAGUGCCCACACGAAUUGAGUGAUUCGUGUGGCGCAUAUAUAUUUGGUGCCUCCUUGUAACAAUGAUCAUAUGUUUAAACAAAUAAAUACCCCUAGUUUGUUUAUAGAAAGUGUAAUUUUCUCGUGUAUAUACAAGCAUGUCAUACGCUAAUCAUUCGCAGUUCUUUUUUAUUAGCAAAAACAAAAAUAUGGGAAACUCUUCACGUUAAAUUGCUCAAUAAGUUAAAAUACCGCGCUCGUCCUGAUCGUUGGGAACCGGUUUUGGGUCGUUUCUUGCUUAGUCAUGGUCUUCAUAUUGAUGGAAUUCAAACAGCUGCUGAGCUUCUCUUAAACAGUGAAUGUGGAAAUAAUGAAAAGCUUAAUGUAUUUAUUCAAGAGUCACCUGGAUAUGUCUCUAGUUACUACAGGCUCUCGCCGAACGUUCGUGUUAAAACUCUUCUCUGUCUUUUGGAAACUCAGUUUGAUCGGAAUCAACCCUUCAAAGAUAAGGCAAAUCUACGCUCUCCUGUUGAUUUACGAUUUCCUCCCUUGGGGAUUGAUGUUUGGGGUAGAAGCUAUUGGCUUCUGAAAGAUUCAGAUAUAAAUAUUUACUUAUACAGGGAAGAUCAUCAGGAAAACAAUUUCCAGUUGUUGUGUGAAUCUUUUGACGACGUUCGUGGUCUCAUCGAGGAAUUGAAAGAAGCCUUUUCGGAAGAUGAGAAGCUCGAAAGUAUUUUUAAGAAAAAGCAAGCCUCAGACAGAUCAAAUCUGAAAUAUCAAUGGACAAACUUGAUACAGGAUGAUGUAGCCUCUCCGGAACUGGAAAUUUCAAAAAAUGACGAGGAUUCUGUUGUUUCACCGCUAUCGCAGCCAAAUGAUUGCUUAAAACCUGCAAUUACACCACCACCAACUCCUACUUGUGAUCAAAAACCAACUAUUCAUUCAGUCGACAUGUUAUUAGCAAUUUCAAAGAUUGAGCAUUCAGUCAAAACGGAAAGUCAAGAAAAUAGUGGGUUAAGUGAAAAAGUGGUUUCUAGUGACAGAGGGAAAACGGAUGAUCAAAAUCAUAAUGUUGUUCGCGAACUUGAGGUGGAACAAAAAUGUCUUGAUGCAAACACAGAAUAUCACAUCAAGCAAGAAUGUCCCAAUGAACAAGUCCUAAGACCAGAAGAUGAUUGCAAUGAACAUACAAACCAAGAUUCCGAGUCAUCAGCUGUGGAACCAUGUACUACUGUUUUGUCAAAGAAGUCUCGGAAGAACAGCUCGACCAAGAGCUCAGAACUUGUUGUUAACGAACAGGAUUUACGACGCAGUAGUAGGCAACGUAAGCCUGUUCAAGUAUUUAAUAUUCAACCAUCUCAAUCUAAACGUCCAAAAUUACCAACCCCAGUUUCAAACUCAUUACACAAGGUCAAUAACGAAAACGAAAAACCUAAAAAGCAGAAAGUACCUGUUGUAAAAAUACACCUCACUGCAAAUGGCCAUGUAGUAAAUAAAAACCAAAAACGAAAAAAGAAACGUCAUCGUAAAAAACCUCGAAAGGGUUCAAAUCCUUGGAUUUAUGGAACAUCUUCUAGUGACUCAGAUGGUGAAGAUGACUCAUUUGAAAAUGCACUUAUGCAACAUUUAAAUGUAGAUAGUGAUGAAUCAAAUCUUCAUUCGCCAAAAAAACCAGGCAAAAACAUAAAUCCUGAAUGGUCAGAUGCGCCUGAAAGUGAUUUCGACCCAAACGGUUUGGAUAUUCAAAGUGAUGCUGAUAGUGUAACCGAUGGACGGAACUUGGCCAGGCAAAAACGUUUACAAAAGAAGUUUGAAUCAGAUCCAAAUACUAAUUGUAAUGCAGACGAAAAGGAAGAACCGUGUCAAGUUUGCUUUAAGUCACAUUUACCCGAUUGGAUGCUGUUAUGCGACCGAUGCGAUUUGGGACAUCAUGCUAUGUGUCUCUCACCUCCUUUACAUAUUAUUCCAGAAGGCGAUUGGUUUUGUCCUCGUUGUCAACACGCUACUCUGAUAUCAGCUUUAAACGAAACCAUUACUGUUCUUGAGGCUGAAUCGAAGAAGCGAAAUAUUUGGAAGCGUAUGCAAGAGCGCUUGAAUUUUGUUAAUAUCAGUAUGACGAACAUUUUAGGAGAUGAUAGUGAUUUUCAUGAGCGUAAAAACAAGAAAGGAAAAGUACUGCGUAAUACUCAAAAGAGCAAUGUUAAGUAUGCUUGCGAUGACUCGUAUAGUGAUGAAGAAAAUGAAGAUAUUGCUUCUGCAUCCCAUUCGGAUACUAAAAAUACUAACUCCAACACUGACUCUGGUGUUGACGGCAGGUCUCAAGGGAAUCCAACUAGGCGUCGUCGUCAAGUUCGACCAAAAGCAAAGACUCAGUUUUCCAGACCACGCCGUGUAAACUUUCGAGAAGAAACGUCUGAAGAAUCAGAGUCAGUCGAGUCUGAUUAUGAACCACUUCCUUGUAGAAAUACCCGCCAACGCCAAGUAAGGUAUAAAGUAAGCGAAGCAUUCAAAGAGCUAGAUGAAGCACUAGAAGCUGACGAAAAAUAUCAAGAAGAAAAGCAGCGCAAACUAAAACGAAAGACUAAUGAACAUUAUAACCACACUGAUGGUGAAAAUGUUAUCGACGAAGAAUGUGAGCUUAACGGUCAUGCGCCUAAGUGUUCACGUGGAAAAGACCUAUCGAACAUCUUGGGGCCGGAUUGGAAAGAAUUUGAAGAAGAUAACAGUAUGCGAUCUCGUAAAAAGCGUCGCAUUGCUGAUCUGUCUUCUAGUUCUUCUAGUGAACAUUCGAAUGAAGAUUCAGUAGAUGGUAAAGCAAGACGGAGUUGUCGAACGAGAGAUGAAGAUUUUAAACCAUCAUCUUCUGAAGUGUCAGAAAGUGAAGAUGAUGUCGACUCUCGGAAGCAUAUUUCAAGCGAUGAGUUUGAACAAUUGUCAAGUGAUAAUAGUUGGCUUUCAACACGACACAAUUCUCGUUCGUCACGUGGAAAUACUCGAAAAAAGAAAAGAUCAUCCAACUGUUCUUACCGGUCUCGAAAACCCGUCCCUUGUUUUGAAGACAGUGAUGAAGGAUCUGAUCGUGCAGUAUUACGGACUAGAAGGUGUACCCGAACAGUUGUUAGUUACCGUGAAUCAAACGAUGAAACAACAGAUAAUUCUGAACACAAUUUUUCGGAAAUUCCUGUUACAAAUAAAAGUAAAAUUCGUGGAGUGUUAGAUGAUGAAGAGGAAGAAAAAGAAGAGGUUGCUGAAAUCAAUAAAACCAAUGCUGAUCGGUCUCCUACUCCAAUAUCUGCCAGUCUGAAAGCAAAACGCUCCCAGUCUAAUCGCACAGUUUUAAAGUAUUCUUCUGAUAGUGAUUAUCAACCGUGUGAAGAUGAUGAUGAUCAAGAGGAGGACAGUCAAGGUGAUAGUGAUUCUGUAACGACGAACAGAAAAAUUCCACCAACAAAUAUCUCUAUAAAAUCAAAAGGUAUUAUUGAAUCACAAUCAGAUGAAUCAAGUCACCAACAUUCAACUUCAGAAUUGAUCAUUUCCGAAACAAGUGAUAUCGAUAAUUCACUUUUCAAAGAUAAUGUGAAAUCGGUUUCUGUCGAAUCAGGUGGCUGUAAAGUUGAAUCUACAGACAAUAUUAUGGCAAACUCAUUUGAUACAUCUAAAAACCAUUUAAAUGGAAAUAAUUACGAAAAUGAUGAAGAAGUAGAAGAUGAAGCUGAUGAAUGUCUACCAGUUCGUAAUUUACCACAUGUUUCUUCUCAAUUUGAUAAGCAAAUUAUUGAAAAUAAACCUUGUGUUUCUCCGGAUAUUUUUUAAAGUUUAAAUUUAUUUAUAAUUAUGUUCUUUGUUGUAUGUUUAUGACUAAUGUUACUUUUGUAUAUUUUCCGUUUUGAUUAACAUUCAGGGAGAUUUUUGUAGUGAUCAGUAGUUGUUUUAAAAGUCGCCAAGUAAUAAACUAAUAAUAACUAAAGUUCAGUGUAAUUUUUUUGGUGUCCUACAAUAAUCUAUACUCAUUAUCUUAUUGUACAUAGUUGAAUCCUGUCGAUUUAUUUGUUGUGUUUUUCAUUCGUUUAUUUUUAAUGUUUAGUUGCCUUUUCGGCAGUAUGAUAAUUUUUUCAUGAUAAUGGAAAGCAUUUAACUACGUUUAAACAUUAUCAACGGAUGCAAAAAAUAAUGUUCUUUUAAUGAGUAAAUGAUUUGAUUUUUCUUUUUGUGAGAUUGUUAUGUAACUGCUUUUUUCUCUUUUCGUAAAAUUUCACAAAAGAUUUCCCAUAUUACUUACUUUCCCUUGUAAACUUUUGUAAUUCGAUGAUAUCGUGUCUUAUCAUCGUAAAGUAAGCAGUUACAGAAAAUAAUUAAGGGCAGAGUUUUCGUGCCAGAUGUA